CCGCCUUUUAUAACCAGGUACGUAACCAAUGGUGCAUAAGAGUAUUCCACAAAACAGAAAAGAAUAUACGUUUAAGGAGGAAAAAAAAUUGUCUAGAGUAUGAGGAUCAAGAACAGUUGUGUCAAACUCUUUUCUGGUUUGAUUUAAGUAUGCAUGAUAUAUUGAAGCAAUAUUUCGUCAAUUCCCAAGCAACACAGAAAGGGGAAAUAAAGGCGAAGAAAGGGGAAAUAAAGCGGACGAAAGCGUAAAUAAAGGGGAAAUAUCGCUUUUUCGCCUUUACGUCGGUUAUUUAGGGGAAAUGUCGCUUUUCCCCCCUUACAUCGUGUAUUUGGGGAAAAUUUGUCGACAAUUCUACGUAACGUACAGUGUUCGAAUGCACCGCAUCCGGAACUGAAGUUUUCAUAAACUUCGACAAAUUAAGGCACCGCUUAAUAAAAAAACAAAAGUAUUGUCAUAGAAACAAUGUACAAAAUACGGAACCAGGCAUUCGGUUGAUACGCAUAUAGAGUGACUUCGUUCGUUGUUUAGCUAAAGUGUUCCGACAUGCUUUGGAGCCACAAAGAACUUACGUGAUGCAGGUGAGUGACGUGCUCUCAGAUUUUCAUGUUCAUUGUAACUGAUUACCUUGUAAGGCCAAUACUAUGAGUUCUAUUGAAGUCAGUGAGAAUGUUCGUAGACGUAGGGCCACUGUGAACUUGUCGCGUUCCCUUGGCUGUCAUGGAUCCACUUAUAACAGAAGGUGGAAUAAAAUGAAAGCUUCUUUCAUGAAAAAAUAUGACUUUCUUUCGCUCAGUGAGUUUGCUAAUAAAAUCACUCUUAAAGUAAAUAGAGAAAUCAGUUGUAAUGAAGUACUCCAACUAUUACACCGUCCACUAGCAACAUCAAUCAAAGGCUUCCAGAUAAUAGUGGAUGUACUGAAGUGAACUUGUGCUCUCAAAAGUUCGCGAAUCUCGAAGAACUGAUGAACGACUUUAUGAUGUCUAUAAUGUCAAGUACAUCUCUGAGCAUAAGAGAUGCUGAUCGCGUUCUGUAUGGUCUACGAUUUCUUAUCCCGGACAUACCGAAAAGCAUCAGAGGUGUCCUAAAGACGUGUCCAAGUGUUCAACCAAAGUUCAUCGGCAGUGGGGUUUACUACCAUCUAGGAUUGAAAACCAAUCUGCUAUGAUACGUCGAGCUUUGGUUGUGUACAAUUGAUUUUGACUCUUUAAAUUUAUAUGUCAAUAUAGAUGGACUUUCUAUGUCUAGAAGCUCCAAUCAACAGUUAUGGCCUAUACUAGGACGGAUCAUUGACCCUAGGUUUAGUGACGUGUUCAUGAUAGGGAUCUACGGAGGGAAUAGUAAACCAGCAGAAUUCAACGAAUGUUCUGCGGACACAAUUUCUGAGAUAAAAGAAAUGACUGACGUUGGUCUUUUUAGUGUCAAGUUUAAUAAAUGCAUAGCUAUUCGGUUGGCGGCUGUUAUAUGUGACGCACCUGCUCGUUCUUCUGUUAGGUACGCGGUGAAUAAUAACGGUAAGGCAGGUUGCGAUAGGUGUACCGUUCUUGGGAGACGGCUAGAGGGUAAGACGACCUUUCCAAAUGCGGUAUAUACUUUAAGAACAGACGACACCUUCCGUCGUCAGACUCAAUCUAUUCACCAUCAAUGACAUUAUAUAAUGGAAUCGCUUUCAAUUAAUAUGAUUAUAACUUUUCCUCUAGAUCCUAUGCACACGGUGUACCUUGGUGUUACCAAGAAACUAGCUAAUUUAUGGAUAGAUUUAGCACGCUGAAGACUGCGGAACUUUAACACAUGUGCAAUUCGGGACAUAAAUAAUUUAAUAUCUGGUUGCGUGGCAAGUACUCCUUCUGACUUUCCCAGUAAAUGCCGUACACUAGACUUUGUAUCGGCAUGGAAAGCUUCUGAAUGUAGGUUGAUCCUUCUGUAUUUAGGCCCGAUGAUUCUUGAAAAAACAUUGCCACAACCUUUUUAUCUUAAUUUCCGGCGUUUAGCGUUAUCCAUGUAUCUGCUUGCACAUCCAAAAUUACAUAAGUGUUGUAGAAACCGCCAAAAUAGAUUUACUAAACUUCCUGAAUGAAUACGAAUGGUGUUAUGGGUGUGAAAACUUAGUUUACAAUGUGCAUUCGUUACAGCACCUCCCUGACGACGUUCGUGCACACGAACCUUUAGAUAGUUUUUCAGCCUUUCCAUUCGAGUCUUAUAUGGGACAAAUUAAGGAUUCCGUGCGUAGUGGGUUUGCAGUAGCUAAGCAAGCAGCACAGCGUUAUGCUGAGAGAAUGUCCUUCAGCGAUAGGCUUCAAAUGAUGUCUCCACUAAACAAGUAAUUAUGUUUAACAACAGUGAAAUAACUUCAUGUCAGCCUGAUAAUGUAGUAGUAGUGAAUGGCCAGCCAGGUUUAGUCACUGAUAUAAAGGAGGAUGGACUACUACAAUUUAGGACUUUCACAGACCCACGCAAUUACUUUGAAAAUCCUUUCCCAUCUAGUGAUAUUGGAAUCUUUAGGUGCUCCGUAGUUAGCCAUGAACACACAUGGAUCUCAGUUAAGGACAUAGACUGUAAAUGUAUGGCCAUAAAUUGUAGGAAUUAUCUAGUUCUAAUCCCAUUGCUGCAUACUUGGCUGUAAAUGCAUUUUGUUUCACUAGUGUUUAAUAAAUGACGACAAAUAAUUUAAUUAAGUCUUACAUUAUUUUCAGCCCGCUAAAAUGAAGUACGUCAUUGUUGACGUCCUCAGCAAAAAACAACUCAUGAUAGCAUCAAAGGACUGGAUAGUUGGCAAUGACCUUUUCCUUCUUCCGAACGAGCUGGUCGAUAUACACCUGCAGAAGUGCGACCAACCGAAUGAAAAUUGGUCACUCAUGAAAUGUAAAGUGAUUCACGAAUUAGAUUCUCUGCAGUCUGCCAAAGAUCUGUUACUUUCCAUACAAAUACUGCAAUCUCACCGGGAAAACACUUCAACGGGUGAAAACACUCUGCCACAUAACACUGAGAAGCACAAGAGAGCUGCCAUGAAGCGUAAACAAGAAUAUCUUUACAAUUCAGUAGACAUGGAUGUUGCUGAAAUGCAGACUGGCAACAGUCAUGUUCAAUAUCCCAAAUUCAGGUUGUUUGACAAAUUAGUUUCGUUUAUUGCUAAUUCGACGCAAUUAGAGACAUCUCCGUCUACAUUGGCAUCAAAGCGUGUCUGUAGAAUUAUGGUCUGCUAUGAUAUUAGUACUGCUCUAAUAUUAGACCUAAUCCUAAAAUUAUAGACUUGUCAUGAUAUAACUGCCUGAUCUACAAGAUCCUACGUGGAAUUCACGUCAUCGUCUACACCAACUCAUUGCAUCACAACAAUUACCAAUACAUGAUGGAGAACAAGCUUAGGCUAGAGAUAGGACAAUAUAUUUAAUAUGGUUAAAAUAUAUAAGAUAACAGGGACCACGCCUGCAUUGCCGAGCCAUGCCAUUCAAUCAACUCCAACUCAUUCAAUUCCUUAUUCGCGCCUUCUCCAUCGUUAGGUAUUUCUCUGCGUUAAAUAUUGAAUAUCUAUUUUCCGAGUAAUUUCGUAUUCAGCUUUGAGGAUUGUGUAGUUAUGGUCCAAUGCCACUACAUGUCCAUGGUGCUUCAGCAGACCAGUAAGUCACCUGCAUAAUCAAGUGGACUUUUUCAGGUUAGAUAGGUUGCAUGCAAUGGUGCAAAACAUUUUGUCAACCAUGAAUGACUUCAGUCAAACGUUGCUGAAUAUGUCAACAGCCAUUUCGGAUUUGAGUGUUAAUGUAAAGCAAUUGCUUUCGAAGUCUAAUGAGCGCGAAAGACCGCAUCAAUUCGAUUGCGGACUAUCGAGUCAGCAGUUCCCUUUGUCAUCUGAAGAGGAACUACAGAUGCUGGAUGCUGGUUUGUCGCAGAAAGAAACCAGGGACAGAUUUGUAAGUCAUUAACAUGAAUUUAAUAAUUUGUUACUAUUACGGAUGGCAAUGGUCACUAGGUCAUCAAGUGACGAUCCAAAAACGUCCAUGAGUUUUGUUCUGUCGCAUCUGCUGACACCGGAGGUUGCCAGUAAAUUCACGUUACUUGGCACCUCUUUAAAACGAGCGCUACAGAAAUGCACGUUUUACAGCUGCAUACGAAGUAACCUAUAUCUAUUACUUAAACUUCAGGUGCCUUAACUCAUUGCCUUCUGUCAUCCUAUGUCAACGAAAAAGACCUUGGUAAGCUCUAUGACAUCGCAACACAAGGUUACUUUCACGACCUCCGAGACAAGAUGAUAAAGCGUUAUAGAAGAAAACAAGACCAGGCAUGUACUAAUUUAAAGUGAUAACCUCCCUACGGCUCUAUAGUUACAGUCAACAAUACUAACGAACAUAACCGUAAGUUCAGCUUCAAGUAUUUGGCUGUACCAAAGCA